GACUUGCCGUACAGGGGUGAUGUUUGUUUUGGAGAGACGCCACAUCUGUCUGUGUGUGUGUGUGUGUCUGUCUGACUGUGUGUGUGUGGGGUAGUAGAGACCGCCUACCUUCCAAUCACCGGCAAUGGGCAGAUCCAAGUGCAGGAACGGCCGCCUCAUCUUCAUGUUGGUGAUCACUGCCGGCUUCUUCGUGGUCGAGCUGGUGGUCGGGCACCUGGGCAACUCCCUGGCGCUGGUGUCCGACUCCUUCAACAUGCUGUCCGACCUCAUCUCGCUGGUGAUCGGCCUGGUGGCGGCCAGCCUCGGCAAGAUCCGGAGACAUCCCCGGAACACGUACGGUUUCGCCAGGGCUGAGGUAGUGGGCGCGCUGGCCAACGCCGUCUUCCUGGCCGCCCUCACCUUCACCAUCUUGGCCGAGGCCAUCAUCCGCCUCAUCAGGCCGCAGAGGAUCGACGACGUAGAGCUGGUGCUGAUCGUCGGAGCCCUUGGGCUGGCGGUGAACAUCAUCGGGCUCAUCCUCUUCCAGGACUGUUGCUUCCAGAAACAAGUCUCCAGCAAACCUACAGGUUACUUGGCAACGGGUACCGGAGAACAAAGAGAAAACAAAGCGCCGGCAACUGCAUCAGCUUUAAAUAUUCGAGGUGUUUUUCUACAUGUAAUGGGUGAUGCAUUAGGAUCUGUGGUGGUGGUCGUCGCUGCUACUAUAUUCUAUGUGCUUCCACUUAAUGAAGAUGAAUUCUGUAACUGGAAAUGCUAUGUAGAUCCGAGUAUGACAAUCAUCAUGGUUAUUAUCGUUCUGUCAUCUGCUUUCCCACUCAUAAAAGAAACAGCCAUUAUUCUGCUCCAGAUGGUACCCAGGGGGGUCAAACUGCAUGAUUUUGAUGAAAAAUUGUGUACACUUGAUGGAGUGUGUGGGAUUCAUGAACUCCAUGUAUGGGAGUUGGCUGGAGGUAGGAAUAUUGCUUCACUUCAUGUGAAAUGCCUGGAUCUUUCCACCUACAAAACAGCAGCAGUACAAAUACGUGAAAUCUUCCAUAAUGCAGGAAUUCACUCUGUCACCAUUCAGGUAGAGUUUGUUGAUACAGUACCUGGUUCAGCCCUAAUGUGCAAUUUUCCCUGUAUCCAAAAGGAAUGUGAAAGUAAAAUGUGCUGCAUUUCUCAAAAUGACAACGGCCAAGAUGCAGAAGGUUCCAUAGAGAUGCUUAACAAUCCUCCGGAGGCAUCGGGUAAUGGCCUCAUGAAUAGCAAUGCAGCUGAAGAUAAUGUAGAAGAACUUUCCAUUCUUCCACCCUCUGAUCUGAUAACAACUAAACAGAAAGAAAGAAUGGAAGCUACAAAUGGGCUGUCGAAUUUGCACAGCACGCCACUAUAAUUUGAUCUUAUAGGCGAAAAAGAUUUUGCAUUGAAGUUGAAUUUAGGACUGGUAAACUGACAGAUAAUACUUGUUAUAAAAAGCAAGACUGCUACAGAAAGUUUGAUGUAAUUUUAAUAACUUGUAGCUUCUUCGUGAUAACCGGUCUGAAAUGAGUUUGAUGAACUAAAUGAAGAUCACAGUAGUGAUUUUAUUUGCGCUGUUAUAAGAAGUGAAAUGAAGUGGUAAAUUACAAUUUUAAUGUUUUACCCCUUGUGUAGUAACUGACUUAUAUAGUAAAUCUGAGUGAAUUCCUCAGAUCUGUUUAAUUUCAGUUGCAUGAAAUCUCUGACUUUGACAUUGCUGUCAGAUGUCCUGUAUUGACCAUUUUUCUUCAAAGCAAGAAAGAAAUCACUUAAAUUGUUCCCAUUUCAUCAAACCAGAGCUAUUGAAAUUUUCUUUGCAUAAUUCGGUAUCAUGAAAUUAUCAGGUACCAGGGAUUUUUUUUUUGACCUAACUGUUCAGCACUGUUGUUUUCAGACAAGCUGCUCAUUCUAAUAAGUAUGUCUGGAGUGUGUCAGUCUGAUAGCUAAUCUGUGUUCUUCAUUAAAAGAAGGUGUGACAUGUUUUGUUGCCACAUGAGUUUUAUUAAUUACAGUUACAAACACUGGGGUAAUUGAGUGAGAGACUUGUCUUUGUACUUAAAAGUGAUUCGGAUCCAGUGAAUUCCUAAGAUUGAGGUAGUAUGCUUUCGAUACUGAGUAAGAGUCAAAAUUCAUGGAUUUGGAGAUGGCUGGAAACAAGCUUUCAUCUGGGUUUGGUGUGGGAGCCACAGGAUUCUUGUAUUCUAACCAAAUGAUUGCUUUAAAUUCCAGUGUCAUUGAUAGGUUUGGAUUGGGUGGGGUGAAGGGUAGGGGGAAUGGGAUUUGGAUGAUGACAGGAGGAGAGCAAACUUGCCAUCCUUCCUGAUCUCAAGGGGACGUAUCUUGGGAGUCUACACCACUUUGGGAAUUUGGCCAUGUAUGUCCUUAUUAAAAUUUGUGGAUGACUUUAUUCAGUAAUUUUUGGCUAAUUUGUAAUUGUAAUUACUAACCGAUCUCUGAAACCACAUUUACUGCAGUAGUUGUGAAUCCUUUUUAGAUAUUUGGAUGUUGUAGUUUUGUUUCCAGAUCCACUUGUCACAAAAUCACGUCUCUAAUUUAUUGAUAUGUACUGCUACUCAUGCCAGGACAUGUGAUUAGAACAUUGUUCUUACAAGAGUCAUAAAUGUAAUUCUUGCGGCAAUUUUUCGAGAUGUUAAAAAACCUGUGAAGUGAAUAAAGCAAAAGUGGGUCUAGAGAUGAAGUGUUUUCUUCUGUGUAUUUGAAACAGACUCCAGCCAAAGCAUUUAAUACUAAAUAAGCCUCCACAUAAGAGAUUUAGGCUGUAAGUUUAAAUAAGUAUGUUGAGGUUUCGCUUCAUUAACUUUUUGGGAGGGAAAUGGAGAGAGGUAUUUCACAAUUUGACUCAAUUGGUUACAUAUGUCAGGAAUUGUUUGUAUUCAGGUAGAUGGUAUGUGAAAGAAACAAGUUAGAUGGGUUGAAUUUUAUCCUAAUCUCAGCCUGUGGUUUUGUUUUAUACUGUAGCUUCACUUCGAUUUACAGUAUGCCUUGUAAUGAUUUGUUUCUGUCCUGAGUACUUUGUACCACAUUGCCAAAAAACCAUUUGUUGCCAAAUUUUUGUACCUCAUUGCCAAAAAACCAUUUGUUGGCGAAGCAUAAAGUCCAAAACGAUUAGAAAAGCAGAAACUAUUAGGAUGAUCGGAAAGGAUUCUUUCAUUUCUCCAGAAAUGAAUCUGCAAUCUUAAAUUAUACUUUAAGCAUAGAACGUGGUAGAAAUAUAUCCUUCUUUUAGCUUACGUAUGCAGUUAUCAUACAGCAGUAUCCAAUCAGAUUAACUGUCAUGCCGUUUGCUGGGGGUUCAGACAUUCUUGUAAGAAACGGUUCAUGUUAACGAGCAAAAUCUUUAUCAAAUUUUAAAUUACUGCUUCGAACUGCCUUUCAAAAAUGUUGUGAUUUGUAGCCAUUCUGAAGAUUGCAGUUAAUUCUGGUUGAAAAUUCCUGCGGAAAUGUUUUUCUUUUGUUCUAUUACCUCUGUUUGUAGUUAAUGUGUUGCAAUAAAAAGUGGAUACUGUACACUGUGAAAGUAAUCAUCCUGCACAAGUAUUAAUGGUCAUGAUAUGGUGUACUUUUUGUCAUUGAUAUGCUUUUAAUGAAUGAAUGAUCCUUGAGAAUGUAGACAAGUUUGAGUCAGUAUAAAAGUAAUACUUGAAAUUUGCAUAUAAAUGUACUUAUUUUAAAAUGUUACUCUCAUUGAGAGAGUAAAGCUACCUGUUGUAAGAUGUGAGUGUUUACCUAAGCAAGAAAAUAAAAUAAAUCUUUGUGAUGGUAAUGUUACUGUUUAAAGAAUUGAAUAGU